GAAAUAAUCCUGUAAUCGCCAUUUUGAAUUCUUUUCAAAGGUGGUUGUCAAUGUAAACGAUGAACGUCGAGAUUAUCUAGAUUCGCUUUUCAUCGGAUUUUCACUUGUGAAAUUACCUAGGCUUGCAGAAAUCUGAUAGAUUGAUCCAGCCAUGGCUUCUAAACCUUUCAAUACAUCGGCUAAGGAGCCAAUGUCGGUCAAGCUCAGAGGGCUGAAUGCUUCAAAAAGUGUAACACGGCAGCUUGAGAUCGACAGUCGCAGAAUGGAAGAGCGGCUUAGAGAGCUGAAGGUUGCUAUGAACAGAGAAAAGCAAGAAAGAGAGAGGCAGGGGAGUGCCGGUUCAGGUGGUAUUUGGUCAUCAGCGAAUACAACAGCACCGGUCAAUGAUGUCAUCAAGAAAAAGAGUCCAACAAAACCUUCCAAACCAGGAGAAAACAAGGUCAGAAAAAUAAAGGUUCUAAAGGAUACACCUAUUGAGUUACCAAAGAGAGCCCCAAAGAAAACUCAACCAGGCCUAAACUCUGUGAGGAAGUCAUUCUCUGGACCACCUUGUGGCCAAUGUGAAGAAAAGGCAGUAGCCUUGACUUGCAUGGAAUGUGGAGAGAAUUACUGUGCAGGAUGCUUUGCCAAGUUUCACCUCAAGGGGGCGCUCCGUCAGCAUCGUUCCAUUCCUUUCCAGUCUGGAAGCAAUGAAAAUUCACCACACAGUAGUUUGGAAGCAAGUUCCAAUUCCCAGCCUGGAUCUAUCAAACAAACUGUUCCCAAGACAAGUUCAGGAGCUGACAGUCAUUCUAAGCAACCUGGUAGGGUCAUCAUUGCAAAGACUACACCACCAAAGAACCCUUCUCCAAAGCCUGCUAAUUCAGCUUUUGAUGGGGAGUACAAUGAAGAGGAAAGCGCUGCUUCCUUUGCUGCUGCAUUAGCUGAAUGGAGGCAAGUGAAGAAAGGGGGUCAGCAAAAUGGCAUUGCUGGCCAGACAGCCAAGAAAGAUGUGCACGACAUGGGCAGCGGAACGGCAGCAGCGAUCGAUGACGACAAGAUCCCGGUAGAAAUCAACUUCCAAGAUAAUUCAUCGGUGAGCUACGCUGACAGACUCCUUCUGAAGAAACACAGACGCACCGACCUACCACCUGCCUUGAGCCCAUCCCCGAGUCAACUGGCAAAUCAUUACUUACCUAGGGAGACUCAUUCCAGAAUCAGUGAUAGUGAUUUGACCAAUGGGCACUAUGACCCCUCAGAGGAGGAAUUAGAGAUGGAAGAGGAACAUCAACGUUACGCAAAUAUUUUUGUUAAAGAAUCACCCCGAGAAGAAAUGGUACGACCCAGUAGCAGUCUCACAAUCAUGGAGAUCACAGACGAGGGUCCCUUUGUGGAGAAAGAUCUUGAAGUCCAAUCUGUUUACAGCGUUCAGGAAUGGGAUUCCGUCAUCAACGCUCCAUCACCGCAUGUCCAGGUGAUGACACCAGACAACAAUAACUCUGAAAUCAAACUCACAGAUUCAAGCAUGAAGGGGGACAAGCCGAAUGUGAUGCCUUCGGGAAAAGGAUCAUCAAAGAUUGAUGAGAGAGUGUCGGGGAGCUCUGCAAAGUCCGCAGUCAGGAAGGAUCAUGAGAAACAAAUUCCAUCCAGGAAUACUGUCCGGUCAGCAUCUAAGGCUGGUCCUGGCACCGAGAAGCAGAUGGCUAAAAGAAGACCUGGCUCCAAGACCAGUUCUGCCUCGAGCAGUCAACGGGAGAGCACAAUCCAGAAAAAUAGACCGGAAAGUAUGGUCAACGGGAGACAGUCCUCCAAAGGCCGUCAGUCUUCUGCAGGAGUUGGGAAACAGAAAGGACAGGAAGAUUCCCAAGGCAGGCGAUCAGCAACUGAAAGGCCACCUUCUGCAGGCAUCACCACAUUGCCCUCCAAGGAACUCCAGGAGAUUGGUAGGAUGCGCUCUGGCUUGCAGCAUCAGCAGGGAUAUCAGGAUGGACUGGGAUCGUUCUUCAUGGGUGGUGUAGAAUUCAAGGACAAGGAGAGGCCUGGUGGAAGUCAAGUGGAGCCAGUGAGAAUGAACACACCUACGAAUGUACUACCUGAAUGUUCCUAUAAAGGUCCAUCAACCUGGAGACCUGAUAGCAGUAUGUCCAAUCAUCCUGAUCAGCCUGCCACAGUUCUCUCCCCAUCACCUCCAAAACAAGCCAGAGACAACAAGUCAUCCAGCAUGUCUGGAAGGAAACGAUCGUCACUUCCCUCAGCAACGGGGGCAGCAUCACCUACGAAAGCAAACGCCUCAUCUGCCCCAACUGGCACAACUCCCAGAGCGAUGUCAAGCAAGCCACGAAGCGGAAUCCAAGAACGGACACCUAGAACAUCCACAGGAUUGGUCCAACGAAAAGGAGAUGCUUCGGAUGUUGACAAUACUCUCCACUGGAAACUCAGUCAGGCUGACAAGGCGAAAGGAUCCAAGGUGGUGCCAAGGAAGACAGCCACAGGAGAUCACUCAGCAUCAUCCAGUGCGUCCAGUAUGCCACCGAGGAGUAGCAGUCGUAUCGAGGUCGAUGGUGACGACAUGACGGGGUAUGAUGACGAUGGGUAUGUUAGAAGGAGAGAGGAAGAAGACCAUAAUGCCUUGGAACAACUCACUUGGGAACUAGCCUCUAAUGAAGGCAGAAUUACAGCUGAUGGGCGCAUCUCUAGCCUAAGUCUCAUCGAGGGUCUCGACGAGAACCUUCUACUCAUGGCCGAAGAGGACCAGGACCGGGCUCUAGGAAUCACACAGGAUGAUGGACUAGGUUCUGGUCUAAGCACUCCCUGCAAUGAUCUAUCCUUGGACCAACUCAGCGAGGAGGAGCUGCAGUCAGACUUUGUGGUCGCUGCGGAUAACCAACGGUAUAAAAAAGAAGUGCAAGCUCUAAAUAGUUAGGAGUAGUCUUCUUGCGAUUAACAACUUGUUCAUUUAAAGGAAACCGAAACACAAGGAGAGAAUCAAUCUUAUCAGUAAGGAGCAAUCUAAUAUUUGUUUCAUCAAAACGGUUCUAGAAUAAGCGAGUUAUGGAAUUUUGAAAAGUCUUGUUGUACUUUCUAUGGGAUCCUCAAAUUGGCAAACAUGCUUCAAAAUUGCUGAUUUUGUGGACAACUCUCCAUUUGUUUUGUACACAAAUUUUAAGAUUUUCCCCUUUAUUUUACAUACAUGUAUUUCACAUUUUCUCCUCCUGACCUUGACAUAUGUGGUGUGAAUUCCACAUCUUCACGUGAUAUAUGUUAUGCUCAGAAGGAGGCAAGAUGCAAUUUGAAAGAUAAUGGGGGUAUUGGUCUCCUUUAAGGAUAUUUACUUUUGCAGUAUAGGUAUUGAUUAAGAAAAAUAGUCCAGUUCUAUCAUUCAUUCUUUCACCGAAUAUUAGCAUGGCAGUGUGUGGACAUAAUAUUCUAUUCAUGAGUAUGUAGAUAUUGCAAUUGAAUGUAGUUCGAGAAAAUUUGUGUUAGCAAAUACUGUAAGAAAGAGAAAAUUCCUAAUGAAUAUUGGAGUAAAUGUCCUUCAAAAUUCUAUGCAUCAAUAUUUCUAAAAACUUUCGUAAUAGGAGAGAAAGUAUUUUGGGCAUCCAAUAUCAAUUUGUAUUAGAUAUAUAAGAGCUAUUAUGGCAACGUGUGUUUAGGUGGUGUGGUGCUUCUGUACUUUUAAUGUACCCAGACAUUGUUAUCGAUAACAUACUUUUAACCCAUAACUUCAAUAUUUUUCUUCGCCAUUUAUCAGAAGAGAGCAAAGUAAUAUAAGAGAAUUUGGACAUUCUUUAAACCUCCCAGAUUUAAGCACAGACUUGAAACUUAAAAAAUGAAAUGUGCAUUAGCCUAAGAAAGAUAUCAGUUCAUCACAGAUAUAUUCAUUCUUCUUUUAUGUAUUCAUUAUCUGUAUUCAAGUUCUAGAUAUUGAGAACAAUAUAUUGCUGUUAAUUUGCUGUAUUCACUUCAAACAAAUAUUAACGAUAUAUCAGUACAUAGAACUUCAUUUGAUAUAUCAAUUGUUAAAAAUAUUAUUGGACCUUUGAAGUGAUAUAACAGUUACUAAAUGAUAGUACUUGCAGGUGUAUAUUUUGCAAUAUAUCUGAUAAAAUAUAAACGUAUGUUUGAGAUAUAUUUUUCAAAUUUAUUGAGCAUUUUAACCAAAGCUUUGGAAAUUAGUAUUUUGUUAUUGUGUUUAUGCUUGAAACAAUCACAUACGGUACAUGUUUAGAAUUGGUAGAAUACCCUUUUUUUUUUGCUCUUGCACAUUGAAUACAAUUUUGAUAAGCCUGGUUGUUUUCAGGCUGCUUGUAAGUUGUGCAUGUACUUGACCCUUUCUGUAGAAUGACGUCAGAUUCUUGGUCAUUCCGAUUACAACUUCUAAAUUUGAAAUCUGAAAGUUGAAGUCUAGGUGCAAGGUUGAUCAUUUUUCCAUAUUUGAUUAGGGUAAUAGGAAAUGCAAUUCCAUUUUGUCAAAACAGGAAUUAUAAAAGGGGUCACCAGAUGUGCAUGACUUACAAAUAGCUUUAUUAAAUGGCUCCAUAUUGUUUGAUCAUUUAUGCUAUUUGGAUCUUUUAAUGAAUUGGAAUGGGUUUUCAGCAAAUAUAUGAGAAGUAAACUUGUUACGACUGUUGUUUCAGUGUAUUUUAUAUGUUUUUGUUCAAUAGGUGAUGAUUUAUAUAUUGAGGUAAAUUUCCUGUAAAUAUUUAUUGUGUUGAUGCCUUUAUGCACGUACUAUUCCUCAGUUGAUCAAAUUAUUUUGUAGAAUUUGUAAAUUGGAUAAUUUAUAGUCUGAGUGGAAUUCUUUGAAAAUAAAGAAUGAAAUAUUGACAGCAUUGUUUGAA